AUGGCUGGACAAGGUUCCAAGAUGAAGAGAUCUUUUGAUUGUUGCAAAAGAUAUGUGGACCACUUGAAUGGAAAGAUGAAGUGCUUCCACAUUCAAAUGAGAGCUAAUUCCGGGCACAGCAUCAUCAUACCAAACAAGUUUUUGGAACAAUUUGGAGGGAAGAUCUCAACAACCAUUGAACUAAAAUCCCCCAAGGGCAUUGUGUAUGUUGUCAAAGUCACCAAGCAUGAUGCCCAUCGCAUACAAGAGAACGAUUCCCUGUUAUUCCGUCACAUUGACGAUUCUCGCUUUGAGGUUCUGAUCCUCGAUUCUGAUGGUUGCGAGAAAGCAUUCCCCCGUGCUGGCACAAGAAAGACCUGUCGUGCUCCAGAAAGAAAUGCAGAUCCAAUUGACAUUUCAGGAAGCACUCAUGAUGGUACCAUGGAAUCAUCAGAAAGUGAGAGAUUUGUGAGAUGUCAAAACGGUAAUAACAACAGCCGGCGUAGUAAUGCUGCAAAAUCAGGUGAGGAGUGCACUGAAAGCAGUUCUUCUGAACAUGAGUCAUCCCAUGAGCUAGAUGAUCCUCAGACGACUCUAGCACCUAUCUUAUCAUACGGGACAAGUCUAUCUGAAGCACAGGAAGAGGAAGUAGCUAUGCUUAUCCGGGACAUUCAACCUGAAAUCCCUGUAUAUGUGGCUGUCAUGAAGCAUAGCAAUGUAAACUCACCACAUGCUAGUCUUGUAAUUGCCAAGCUUUAUGCAUCCACAUACUUCCCAAAUACAAGCCAGACCAUCACACUUCAGCGGCAAGGCAAGAACAAGAAAUGGCGUCCCAGAUAUUACAUUAGGAAAGAUAGGCCUGGGCACAUCCUUUAUGGGCGUUGGAUAAACUUUGUUCGUGACAACCAUAUCAAGGAGGGAGAUAUCUGCAUCUUUCACGCAAUGAAGUUUACCAGGGAAGAAUUUGGAGCAACAGUCCAUCUACUCCGUGCAAGAAAAUCUCACUCCUUUGGUGAAUUCUGUACUAAUCCUAAAAUAGUUGACUCGAAAUAUGUCGGAACUAGGCCGAAAAUGACUGGGAAGCGUCAGGGACCUCAGAAUUUUGAUGAUUCUAGGGGGAGUUCUAAGCCUUACAUUCUAUCACACAGAGAUUCUCUGACAGACGAACAGGUAGGGAAAGUGGAAGAGGUUGCUCACUCCAUUCAACCUGGAGUUCCCGUUUAUGUUUCGAUAAUGAAAAGGAGCAGUGUUGGUACUGAUGGGCUAUACACACUGAAGUUGGGCAAGCAAUUCUCCACGAGACACCUCCCGCCGCAAGGGGAUCAUCAGGUUUUGACGCUUCUGAUGGAAGGGGAGGGGCAUGCAUGGCGGGUCAGGAUGUGCUCUCGGAGCGGCGACGCGCAGACGCUCACCACGGGCUGGCGUGAGUUCGUCCGCGACAAACACUGCAUCUUCCAGCUGAUGAGCAACGCGAGCAGGCUCACCAUGACCGUCCACGUCAUUCGUCACGAUGAGGAGGCUUGAUUUCUGGUAGAAGAGGGAGAUGGAUGGAGCUCUACCACUUCCAUAAGUUCCA